GUUGAGCAAACGUUUUGUGAGGUUAUCUCUCGAAUUGUUACUCAAUCGUGUGGUUUUUCAAUAAAUAAAUAAGAGGAUAAUUAAAUCAACUAAAAAUGUCGUUAGCUGACGAAUUGUUAGCGGAUUUGGAGGAGAAUGAUGAUGCCGACGAUUUCAUGGACGAGCCAGAGGCGGAUUUUAUUCCGCCGAGUAUUGUUCAGCCUAUGGAAGAAGACAUCAAAGUUGCAUCGAUCCGAGAGUUGGCAAAGCUCCGCGACUCCCCCGAGCUCCAAAAAAUAAUGUCAGACAUCGAGAGAUACUCAAAAGUUCCCAGAAACUCAAAAGACAUAAUGGGUCCAGUGGAAUCGGACGCAGAGUAUCAAUUGAUUGUCGAAGCAAACAACAUGGCAGUGGGAAUAGACGACGAAAUAACGACAGUCCAUCGUUUCGUGAGGGAUAAAUAUUCCAAGAGAUUCCCUGAGCUGGAGUCGCUGGUCGUUGGACCCCUGGACUACGUGAUGACGGUCAGAGAAUUGGGGAACGACUUGGAUCGAGCCAAGAACAACGAAAUUCUCCAGCAGUUCCUGACACAGGCGACAAUUAUGGUUGUUUCUGUCACAGCAUCAACGACCCAAGGACAACUGCUGAGUGAUGAUGAGAGAGAUGCUAUUUGUGAGGCUUGCGACAUGGCUGUAGAAUUAAAUAAUUGUAAAUCGAGGAUUUUCGAGUAUGUGGAGAGUAGGAUGGCGUUUAUUGCGCCGAAUUUGUCGGUGAUCAUUGGGGCUUCUACUGCUGCGAAGAUCAUGGGGGUCGCUGGGGGGCUGUCGAAGCUGUCGAGAAUGCCUGCCUGCAAUGUUCUUGUUUUGGGAAGCCAGAAGACUACACUCUCUGGGUUCUCACAGACUGCUGCUCUACCGCAUACGGGGUUCAUUUAUUACUCGGAUAUUGUACAGGACACGCCACCGGAUUUACGAAGAAAAGCAGCGAGACUGGUUGCCGCAAAGAGCGUGCUAGCAGCACGAGUAGACGCUUGUCAUGAGAGCACUGAUGGUCAGAUUGGUCGAUCCCUGCGUGAGGAAAUAGAGAAGAAAUUGGAUAAACUUCAAGAACCACCGCCAGUGAAAUUCAUUAAACCUCUACCAAAACCAAUUGAUCCUGGCAGGAAGAAGAGGGGUGGCAAGAGGGUUCGUAAAAUGAAGGAGAGAUAUGCCAUCACGGAAUUCAGAAAGCAUGCGAAUAGGAUGAAUUUCGCGGAUAUCGAGAGCGAUGCAUAUCAAGAAGAUUUAGGCUACACCAGAGGUACAAUUGGAAAAGCAGGAACUGGAAGAAUUCGACUACCACAAAUAGACGAGAAAACCAAAGUUAGAAUAUCAAAAACUCUCCAGAAAAAUCUACAAAAGCAACAACAAUGGGGUGGAAGUACAACAGUUAAGAAACAAGUGUCUGGUACUGCUUCUAGUGUUGCCUUCACUCCCUUACAAGGGCUGGAAAUUGUGAAUCCACAGGCUGCUGAGAAAAAAGUUAACGAGGCUAAUGCCAAAUACUUUUCGAAUACUGCUGGCUUCUUACAAGUCAAGAGAACAUAAUAAUUUGUGAAUCAAGUGUACAAAGUUCAUUGAACUCAAUGGAGUGUGUAAAAAUUAAUUUGAAAUUUUCGCUCUGGAGGAGGGGAAAUAUUCCCAGAAGUUUUUGUAGAUUGAUCAACGAAGUCAUUCAACUCACCCAAAUGAGAGGUAUUAUUUAUCAAAUUCUUUUCAAUUUGUGAAUUAAAUUCUAUACAAAAAUUAAUCAUGUGCGAUGUGAAUGCGUUUUUUAUUUUUAAUACUAGAUUUUUCUCUUCAUCUCUAACCUUUUUUAUUACACCCAGAGAAAUGAUACAUUUGAAUCGAAGAAAAUGUUAAAUUUAAAAUUUUGGUAUUCAUUGAAAAUAAUUCUUGCUAGACAAUCAAUGCGAAUAUUUAUUUCAAUCAAAAUGUUUCAGUUAUAAAGAUGAAUAAUUCAUUCGUUCCGUAUAAAUCCUCCACUAGAAUGAAAUAAAUAAUUUAUUCAAUUUUAUAUGAUCUAUAUAAAGUCUUUAUUUGGAUCAAGAAGACAUUUUUUUCAACUUUUAAACAUUUUAAUUAACGCCAAUGAUACAACAAGGCAGCCGAGUGUACAUUGUUAACUUAGAGCUAUUUUACGUGGUUUCAGCCCUCGGAUUUUUACUCAUAUGAACUUUAAGGGUAUGGGUUGGGUGAAUACAUAAGGUUUGAGGUGGGAAUUGCUAUGGUAUAGGGAAACGCAGGUGAAAAACCCUAAUUCUUUCGGUUGAUGGGGGAUAUAUUCCGUCAGUAGACCAUCUGAAUAAUUUGAACGAGAGAUUUAUUGCGAGUUAUUCAGCUGAUCCCAUUUAUUUCAUUCAAAUUGAGUUUAUGUAAUUCAAAUAAACGAUUUCGUUGGGUGUAGUUAAACAAAUUAUUCACUGGGUAGUAAGUUCUCGAUUGUCGUGCAAAUUGAACUUUUAGAAUAAUGAAUAAUGAAGAAGGCUGAUAAAAUAGGACAAUUCGUUUGUUCGCCUUUUUCUAAUAGUUCAAUAUCGAGGUUCAAAGGCAAACUUGCAAAGUUUAAAUAAUCAAAUCAUUUUAAAUGUCGGAAACUUAGGGUCAAAUGGGGCUCAAAUGAAAGCUCUGAUGUUCGACGACAAAAGUAGAAGAGUAUUUUACUGGAAAUAAAAAUAGCCAAAGUACUUGGAUAUCCUUAAGGAUAGCCAAGGACCAUUUUUAAUCAUCAAAUUUGUCAAUUAA